UUUGACGUUUUGCUCACUCUGGGCUUGUACUCUCUCUCACUCUUUCCCUGAGGAAAGGCUGAUACUUAAGGGGAUUAAUUUAUCCUGAGGAAUUCCGUGCAUAAAGCCUUGGCCGACGUCAUAGUGUCACUCAUGAUGUACAGCUUCAUGGGAGGUGGCCUGUUCUGUGCCAUCGUGGGGAACAUCUUGUUGGUGGUCUCCACAGCCACAGAUUACUGGAUGCAGUACCGUCUGUCCGGCAGCUUUGCCCAUCAGGGCCUGUGGAGAUACUGCAUGUCUGGCAAAUGCUACAUGCAGACUGACAGCAUUGCCUACUGGAAUGCCACCCGAGCUUUCAUGAUCCUGUCUGCUAUGUCAUGCUUUGCUGGCAUCAUCGCAGGAAUCCUCUCUUUUGCUCACUUCUCUGCUUUUGAGAGGUUCAAUCGGUCCUUUGCUGCAGGGAUCAUGUUCUUUGUUUCAACUCUCUUUGUUCUGCUUGCAAUGGCCAUUUACACCGGGGUAACGGUGAACUUCCUAGGCAAGCGUUUUGGUGACUGGCGUUUCUCCUGGUCCUACAUACUAGGCUGGGUGGCACUGCUCAUGACAUUCUUUGCAGGUAUAUUCUACAUGUGUGCCUACAGAAUGCAUGAGUGCAGAAGAGUGGCAGGACCACGUUAAAGUAAACAGGAAAUAAG